CUCCCAACCUCUAUAUACAGCCCUAUCCAUCGAGCUCGUAGGAUAGUAUUGUCGGUACAAAGUACAUCUACGGUACAUCCAUUUCGUUCGUGGGAUAUUUCCAGCUCCACCCCCGCCUCCUACCCACAUAGCGUCCCGAGUCAGCGCUUGGACAAGCCGUGGCUGAGACUAAUCCAUCCAUACUCAUGCCGUUCGCAUGCUCUCUUCAACUGCUCACCAUGACUUUCCCCCGGCCCUCGGCCACAUUCAUAUUCCGUCCUCAGGCCCAGGUUCACUCGGCCAUGACCAUGUGGAUGGACAUGCAUACUUCGCUCCACUCCAUAUGGCUCAUGCCGGCUUCGAUGUCCCUGCACACUCCUCUCAGCACUCUUACCAAUUCGAACAGCAUCAGAAACACCCAAGACCCAUUGAAAAUGCCUUCGUAAAGCAUCGCCAAUACCCAUACUACCUAGAGUUGGGGUCAGGACCUGGGCUUUUAGCAGCAGCAGGGCCUCAGACUCUCGGAAAUGUAAUCAUGACACAGGCCCGAGCUGGAAGAGCCAUGGCCGCAGCCUCUGUACGUCGCCGGAUAUCCCGAGCUUGCGAUCAGUGCAACCAACUUCGAACGAAAUGUGAUGGCAAAUCCCCAUGCGCUCAUUGUGUUGAGUUCGUUUUGACGUGCGAAUAUGUUCGCGAACGAAAGAAGCGCGGGAAAGCGUCACGAAAGGACAUUGCUAUUCAACAGGCGGCAGCCGUAAAUGCUACCGUGUCUACGUCUGGUUCAAAACACGAUGGAACAUUCCAAACGAGUCCCCGUGCGACAGCAUGCUCUUCGUCCGUUGACCAAGACGGCGACGAGGUUGCCUUUCGUGACAGUUCUGCCGCUCCAGAGCAAGACCGCGACUUACCUUCACAACUUCUACAUCAAAGCAGGUCACGAGGUCCUUCCAAUGACCAUGACCGAUCGUACAACGUAACUUCGCCUGUGUCUCGAUCAGUCAGUCUAUCAGGAGCUGACAGUAUUCCUGUGGGUGGUAUGCUACAACGUCACCAUCAUCAUCCCCAAUCUCAUCAGAUGUCCAACGUAGACCCUCGACUAUCGAACGAUGUUUCGAUGGCACUAAACGGGUACGGUCAUCUUGAAGACUUUUCUGGGAGUAUGAUGAGUUCACAUGCAGCUGUCAACGAAGGGCACAAUGAUCAAUCCACUACUGGAUUUAUCACCAAUUCGGUUAUGCGCAAAGAACACACCCAUGUGUAUCCAGAAGAUCCAUAUAUCAUCAGUCCUUCGAGAGAGAUACAACACCAGAACGUCUUCCAAUUGCCACCAGGCGAAUCGCCAAUAUCGACAAGCUUUCUCAAGAGCGCCUCUACAGGGGGGUCUCCCGCCUGGUACAAUAUAGGCUCCCCAUCUACAGGAAUGUACGGAAAUACAACCCACAUUCCGACUCAAGGCCUUCGAUACCCGGUCCUCCAACCUCUCUUGCCUCACCUCAAUGGUCUACUACCAACUUCAAUAUCCUGUGAUCUGCUAGAGCUGUACUUUCAAAGCUCGUCGUGCGCAUUCAUUCGGCCCUUAUCCCCAUAUGUACUUGGUUACGUCUUACGCAAGCGAUCCUUCCUUCGUCAGAUGAAUCCCCGAGCAUGCAGUCCAGCUUUACUUGCAAGCAUACUGUGGAUAGGAGCGCAGACCAGCGAGUCCCCAUUUCUUACCACUCCACCGUCAGCUCGUGGCAAGAUCUGCCAGAAGCUGCUUGAGCUCACCAUCAGUCUACUCAGGCCCCUCAUUCAUUCUCCGGUUGCUACGAAUGACACUGCUCCCAGCUACGCUGCAAACACGGUCGUCAAUGGGGUCGCAUUAGGCGGCUUUGGGGUUGCCAUGUCUGGUCAAUCUAGCGAGAUAAAUGGCUCUCCAGGUGCUGCUGGUAACUUGGACGACGUUAUAACUUAUAUGCAUUUGGCAAUUGUAGUCUCUGCAAGUGAAUACAAGGCAGCCAGUCUUCGAUGGUGGAAUGCAGCAUGGUCCUUAGCACGUGAGCUAAAACUCGGACGCGAGCUUCCUCCAAAUACCGUCGUGGUACAUGACUUACACCCUGAACAGCGUGAAGAUGAUGUACCUGGCGGUAUCGAAAUCGAUGUAUCUGAUAUAGGACAUAUCCAGGAUCAACCGGGAUGCUAUUCUGAAGAGGAGCGUGAAGAGCGACGAAGAAUCUGGUGGCUUCUCUACAUCAUGGACAGACAUCUGGCUUUAUGCUACAAUCGGCCCCUUUUCCUCCUAGACUUAGAGUGUGAUGGAUUGUUACAGCCAGUCGAUGACUGUGUGUGGCAAAGUGGAGAGUUCUACAUCCCAGAAUCCAGCUCGACAGAUCCAAAUUCAAACUAUCUUAGACAACGAGGACCGACAUUUCACUGUACUGGACACAGUAUCUUCGGAUAUUUCUUGCCCCUCAUGACAAUAUUAGGGGGCAUAGUCGAUCUUAAUCAUGCCCGCAAUCAUCCUCGAUUCGGACUAAGAAAUCGCAACGGCCGUGAAUGGGACGAACAGGCCGCUGAGAUAACACAACAGCUUGAAGCAUAUGAGCACAGCCUUCAGCACUUCGAGGAACGAUUCUGUGGUAGCCUCAAGCACGACGAAGCUGCGAACGGUAGCAGUCAUAAUGCCGAAGUGCACAGUCCCUCUACUCAUUCUAUUCACUCCUCCAGCUCCAGGACUACCGACCAAAUAUUGCAAACCAAGAUUGUCGUCGUCUAUGGCACCCAUGUCAUGCACACACUUCAUAUACUGCUUAAUGGCAAAUGGGACCCAAUCUCACUCCUUGACGACAACGACCUGUGGAUCUCAUCACAAGCAUUUGUAACAGCUACGGGCCACGCGGUCGAUGCGGCAAAGGCCAUACGCAACAUAUUGGACUGUGACCCAGAUCUAAGUUUCAUGCCUUUCUUCUUCGGAAUCUAUCUACUGCAAGGGAGCUUCUUACUACUUCUGAUUGCAGAUAAGUUACAGGAAGGGGCAACUCCCAGUAUUGUUGAGGCUUGCGAAACUAUCGUCCGCGCUCAUGAAGUGUGUGUCGUUACACUUAAUACAGAAUAUCAGGUGUGUCAUCCAAUUCACUUGUCACCUGAGCAUGCUUCCAUAUUGCAUCUCUUCAUUGGAGGCAACUGUGCGAUCGGCACAUCUCUUGUUCUAUCAUUGCUGACUUUUGACGUAGAGGAAUUUCCGAAAAGUCAUGCGGUCCGCUUUGAUGCAGGUUCGCGGGCUAGGCGACUCAGGGGAACAACAGUUGCGGCGACGCGAGGUCUUAGCUUUGUACCGUUGGACAGGUGAUGGAAGUGGACUCGCGCUAUGAUCGAAACCAUGGCUAUAUUACCAUCAUAUGGAAACGUCAUCAUGCUCCUACAGUCAUGAUAUAUUAACGAUAGAUACACUGCAUAUUCAUGCGGUAAAUGAGUGAUAGUGAUACGAUUUCGGAUGGAUCCGGUAGGCCCCCAGAAGCGCAAAUGAUGGGCCUAAUCAGGCCGGUGCAUUUUCUCAUUCUCAUUGUCUACUACUAGAUCCUUCUUUCACUCUCAUGUACUAUAGUGUUCGAUAUACCCAGGGUGGGUUGUCGUUAGUGUGAACGCAAGCUGAGCACACCUGUACCAAUAUCAAUAGCAUGGUGGCAUGGAUGUUAUGGCAUAUACAUGGGUGCGAAUGUUUGUUGGCUGAUUCUGCGUCUUUUGUCGAAUAACAACAGUCUGCCAAAGAUAUGAAACUGGUCCACGGAAACAGUCUAGGAGAGUUGAACGUGAAGAAUUAUAUUCGAAUAUCGGUUUGCACCCU